CGGAGCCGAGUCUCCGGGCGCGUUUGUCGCGGGUGGCUGUGCGCUCGUCAGUGUCGGGCGCUGUCGCGUGACCUAAGGUCACGGGUGCACGGUGCCAGCGGGCUAAGAGUCCGUCGCACGCCGUCGCCGCCAGCGUCCAAUCAACAUCCGACUCGAAGACGACCUUUGGCGGCAGGGCGGCGCGUCGCCGAGCGCAGGGCAGGUCGAUUUGCGGCUUGCGAGAAGGUCGCGUGACCUUCGACUCCGACGGCGGCGGGUUGACGUGACCUUCGACCUCGACGGCGGCGGGGUGACCGGUGACCUGACCGCGGCGACGAGCGCUAACCGACCCGCAGCGCGGCUGCCAGCUGCUGGAAGCGCGUCUGGUGACAUGCGCGGACGCCGGUGACCAUGUGCCCGCGCCGGACGCCCGCCCAGAGCGCUCACCAGGUGUGCAUUCAUCCCGCUGGUCACCCGCGAGGCUCGGAGGGACAUGCUGGCACUCAUCAGAUUCUGCGGCUCCUGCGGCUUGGACAACGAUCCGGACAUACUGCCCGAGAUUCAGGAGGAGACGUUCCGGAUAAAGCCAGCAGAUGGCAGUCUACACAGCCCUAAGUCUCAGGAGCCGCGGCCACCGCUCUACAACGCCGAGAUGUACGCGCUGGGUCUGCGCCGCUGGGGCCGCAAGGGGGGCACGCGUCAGUACAUCGAGGGGCGCGAGGGGCCCGAGCGGCACGGACAGCGCGACAGGAAGAGGCGCGACAGCAAGGCGGAGCGGGCGGCCCGGCAGGAGAUGGGCAUGCGUCAGUUCGCCAACGUCUCCGACCUGCUGAAGAAGCUGCGCCAGGACCUUCGCAUGUCGUACCCCAGCUUCGUCCGGGAGUUUGUGACCGAUCCUUACGACGGGGUGACUGGCCUGCUGGACCUGCUGAAGAUGAUACAGCUGUCGCAGACCGACUACGCAGUGAGAGGACUGAGCAGUAUAGCAUCAGUGGCCAGCUGA